AUGGAUUAUGGUGAGGAAAUCGGCGCCGGCACCUAUGGCGUUGUUUAUUUGUGGCGCGAUGGCAAUGAUGCUGUGAUAGUAAAACGACCGCAAACACGUGGUCGCUAUCACGAAUUCCGAGAAGAAUUACUGAUUUUGAAGAAAUUUGCGCACCCAAAUAUUGUCAAGUAUCGGGACCGUCCGGUUAAUUACAAAGUCGCUUCCGAGGAUUUGUUAAUAUUUAUGGAGUAUUGUGAGCAUCAUUCUUUGGGAAAUGUAAUCAAAUCGCCUCAAUACGUCUACCACCUCAACAAUAUCAUACAAUGGUUGAAUCAUAUUUUCUGCGGUCUGGAGUAUUUAUACAUGCAGAAGACGGUGCACGGAGAUUUGAAGCCGGAGAACAUUUUCGUGGACAAAGACUUCGUGUUGAAACUCGGUGACUUCGGGAGCCUCAAACAGCUCGGCGAUUCCACUGAAUUGCACGAAGCUUUGCAAGUCGGCACCCUGGGAUAUAUGGCGCCGGAGUACUCUUGCAUGGUCGUAUCCGAGCUGACUUCGGAGGUAUCGUUUAAGUUCAAAUUUCAACGCUACAAGGCUGACGUCUACAGUUCCGGGAUCGUGCUUAUGGAAAUCGUCAAUCGUCGAAACCACAUUCCAAAUACCGAGGUUGUUUUCGACUUCGGCGUGCCGGACUACCUACAGGAAAUACUAACUUUAACUUCGACGUCGCACGUCAGUUUCCUGACAUCCUUUGCGCGGGACAAAUGGCCAAAUUUGGGAGGUGACGAAGCGACCGGCCGCGCCGCGAACUCCCUGAUGCCCCUCGUCAGGCUCGACUAUUUCAUCCAACUCCACUGCAUGAUCUCGGCCCUCGAAGUGAUCGCACUUUGCAAGGAGACACGGCAUCGGCUGGCUUCCCUCGAUCUCUACAAGCUGACCACGAUUGCGUUAACCAACGUGGAACAACUUGAUGGAAUUUUUACAAAACGCUUGAAGCUGCCCAUACUGCUCUAUAAACAACCACAAGAUCAAUGGUACGAGGUGGUCCCGAUGAAAAUGGUGUUCCGGACCGACCUGAGCGCUGCCCAACCAAAAUGGCCAGAUGAUCAUGAGGUCCGGAAGGCGCAGGACGCGCCAUUAGGCCAGGCUUAUCCGAGGAUGCAGCUAGAUCGCUUUUUUUGGGAAUUCCGCGAUCGCCUUGAGCUGAAGCUUACUACCGAGGAUACGCAAAAAUGCAAAGUACACAACGUUGAGGGAGUUUUGCAGAAGCAUCGCGAAGCCUGUGGCGAGGAUCUUAUGAAACGCUACCUAUUUUUCCUGGAUGAGCCGCCAAUGUUUCCAUGUUCUCACGAGGCCGAUUGUCCGAGGGCGGAGGCAGAGUUGGAUGAUAUCGCAUUCAACUGCUUGACGGCAACAACAACACGCGAACAUCGCUCUGCGGUCUCGCAGGAGUUUAUCCCACCUGAGCCGAAUUCGGACGUUCCAAGCCGCCGCAGUGGAAUUGUCAACCAUGUGAAGAAAGUGAAAAACCGUCCGUGCGACGUCCUGCCUGGAUAUCUGAUCCAGGCGCCAACGAAAAACGACACUGUGCUUUGGGGACUUCGUUUGGGCAAAGCGCCUGUACGCGCAGGCCUCGACUUGGACUUGACAGGUGUCGCUCAGCUGAAAUUUUCGGACAUUCGCCCAAUUCUGGAGACGCUCAAAGAUGAGUUGAAGGAUUGGGACGAUCGGUUGCUAAUGGAUGAAAGAAGGCUCGGAAGCGACUUUAUUCUUGGUAACGAAUGGCGAGCGAUACGGCAGCAAGAGUAUGAGCGAAGGAUGGAGGAAUUUUUAGAAAAAUUAGAAAAGCUCGCAUCCUUCUCUGCUGGUCUGUUUAUUUUGGCUCCUGUUAGCCCGUUU